CCUGGCCCAAGGGAUCCACGGUAUUUAACCGGGCAAGAUCAACAUCGCUCCCGUUCAAUUUGGAACAAUAAUCCGGAAUCACUUAUUCCCAUCAGUCAUCGAGGGACAUGUCGAUUGCCCCGUUGGAAUGAUCGACUGCAGCCCUAUCUAGAGAGGACGGGAUUGCACAUGCUGAGGCACUUUAUGAGGCUUGAUAUUGAC